AUGUCAAUAAGCCAUGUCCUGUGGUCUACAGCGCUAAUAGCGCUAACAAGUGUGAAAACAGCAGAUGCCAACAUCGACACAGGUGCCAACCGCCGGGAGUUCGGUGCCAUGUGCAACGUGCUCCGGUGGACCUCAACAACAUUCACCAACAAAGCAGACGACUGGGACGACGACAAGAUUUACAAUAGUAUAGCUGACAUCAACAUGACCCUCGCAGAAAAAGAGUGGCGCGCGAUGUUCCUUCAGGAAGGCCAAGCGGAGAAAUGGCAGUUAAAGCUACCAACUAAGCACGCAGAAAAUGCCGCUUUCCAAAAAAUGUGGGCACUCUGGGCAUGCGCUGCCCAGAGAGUAGGAUCGGAACGCGGUCUGACGGACAAAUUGAAAAAGCUAAAAGCGAACGAACUGACCGCAACAGAUCUAUCUUUGCGUAGGCAAAGAGUGCAACAAAUAGCAGACAAAGCCCAUGGCAUAUACUUCGAACUUAAAAAACUCAACAGGAAAAAACUAAAAGCAACACCGGCAACAAUUAAAGCGAAGAUAUACACGGCGGUACUAGGCAAAGCGGAUGCUGUACUAGGAACAGAUCCGACGGACGACGACUCAAUAACGUCAGGCGGAACCUCGGCAGCGACCCGCAGCAACGGCUGUGGGAACAGCAAUAUAGCAAAUCAGCCCGGCAAAAACUUGGGUACCGUGGCACUAUGCGUAUGUGCAAAAGGGGCAAGCGGUACAGCAGUAGACGACGCGUGCUGGAGUGAGACGGCGGCCGAGGUGGCAUACCCAACAGCGGCCAGCCAGGCGAAAACGAAGAUACACGAGCUCAUUAAAAUGUGUGGGACAGCGGCGCACACAAAGCUGACGGCAGACGCAGUAGAAGCUUCCAUCAAAGGCCUGACGAGCAUCAUGCACACGUCCAGCAGCGGAACCUAUAUUGGAGAAUAUCUCGCAACAGGCUGCAACGGAGAAGACAACGGCGUGGUCUGCUUCAAAUAUGGCACUCUGACGACAACGACGAACAGCAACCUCAUGACCAUCCCGUGGCUGGCCGAGUUGCACCAGCUAAAGCAGGACCUCACAGGUGACGACAACCUGGAGAGAGCUGGCCAACCGCUAGUCCAACAACUUACUAUCCUUGAAGCGGAGGUGAAAGAAAUUACAGCAGGUGAGCUCCUGAUGAGGCAAGACAGUUUAUUCGUAAAUCAACCAACUCACCCGGCGUCACCAGAAAAAGUAGCUACAGUCGGCGAAGUGUGUAGCAAACACAACGGCAGCAAUACAACUUGUCCUCGAGACAAACGCACGUACGAUGAAAAAGAGAAUAAAUGCAAUCCAAUAAAACAAGUAGAGGGAGUAACGGCAGAAGGAACAGGAGAGAAAACAACAACAGAGAAAUGCAGAGGGAAAUUGGAGAAAGAUUGCAAAUCUCCGGACUGCAAAUGGGAGGAAACAGUAUGCAAGGAUUCCAGUUUCCUCGUAAACAAGAAAUUGGCUCUGAUUUCUACUAAUUUUGUGGAUUUGAUGUUUUAG